AUGACUCGCCGCGGAGUGAGUCGGAAAAGAAGACCGCAAACAGUUACUCGCCAGCUCCUGAUCCGGUCACACGUUUACGGCUGCAAGACCCGCAGCCCUCUUUCAACUCUUCCACUUUUAUCUUCGUCGUAAACCUUUUUUUGUAUUUUGUCGUUGAACGUGAAGAUCCAGUUGCCCCCCCCCCCUGCCAGACAAUAGGUUGAGUAGAGAGGGUUAACGGGACAAGCGCUAUGCAGGAAACGGAGGACUCGGACACGGAGUCGGUGCGGAGCCAGGUGAUGGAGGAUGAGGAGCGCACCACACCUCGGCCCGAGGAGGACGAUCGGGGGCAGACUGCAACGAAUCCAAUGUUCUGUAGUGUCGUAUUGGACCGUCUUAAACUAGAGGAGAUUACUGCAGGAAAAGAGCUUGAGGAGAAAGAAGAUAUGAACCGCAAAAGUGGCAAGCAGUCCAUCUCUCGGAUCCCGACUUUUCAAAGCACCAAAAAACGACCCAUCAGCGGCAGCCACAGCACAGAACUGCAGCUUCCCCCUAAAGAUAUCCCCAGUGAUGCCGCUGAGCCUCAACCGAAAGCUGGCAGUGGAGCCGUGGAGGUGCCGAAGUCUAGACUGUACGGUAUCACAGCCCUUCCUUUACCAACAGCCCGCUUGCCUUCUAAGGUGGCAUCAGAGGCCCCCUCUAUCAGCCACACAGAACAAGCUGCCUUGUCUACAGAUGAUACCUUAACUUCUGCAUCACAAGAAAGUGGUUGGAUGGCGGAGCCUGUCCACGUUGGUGUUAUGGUAACCCCCAGGCCGGCCAUCAGAGUGGAUCAAGGUGACCGUGCCUUGGAAAAAGAAGCUGACCUUGCUCAAGACCUUAUACCUCAUCCUCCAUCCUUCAGCCAGACACUGCAGGUAGAUGCAGCAGACAUGUGGGAGGUUGAUGUAGGAGAAGAAAUUCACCUCUCGGCCUCUGGUGACACAGAGAACCUCGAGUCUGAAGAGGCGAUUGGUGGAGAUGGAGAAAAUGUGAGCCAGGUACAGGCUAUUAUGGAUGAAGAGCCGCCAUGGGAGGCGGAGCCAGUCAAAUCUGACUUUGUACUUGAAGAGGAAGAUAGUUCGUCAUCAUCAGACAUUCAACACAUAGAUGAUCCUCCAGUGGAAAAGUGGGCUUUUGGGGGUAUCGGGGAAUCAGGGGAAGUGAAUGGCAGUCAGAAACAGAAUAUAAGCCUGCAGAAUGUUCCGCCAAAGUCCACAACUCUCCCAGAGGACAGCUCUGAUACUGAUGAACCCACCAUCUCUGCAGUACUCCACGAGCCAGUUAAAGCAAGUCAGUCAACAAGGCGAUCAUCUUGCCCCAACUUUGGAUUCUGCUUCCUCCUGCCCAUCACCUUGCUUCUUCUCGGAGGAUUUGGACAGCAUGUUUGGCAGUACGGGCUCCCCAUGUCGGUGGCCCACCUCACUGCUCAGCUGGAGCUGCACUGGCUCGAGGGGAUUGGACUUGUGGAAGAGCCUUGUGGUUCUGAUUGCCGGGUGCGUCUAGUGGAGAGCGUACCUGAGGAUCUGUUCUACUCUGACCCCUUGGGCCUCUCGAGCAUCUCAGACAGCUGGCUGCAUCUACUGAAGGAGGCCAACAGCUCAGUCCGUAUUGCCGCUUUCUACUUCACGCUCCGAAACACAGACGAUGGGCUCACCCAACCCACCGACUCCCAGGGAAGAAAGGUGCUUGAUCAGCUAAAAGAACUUAAAGCCAAAGCUGUUAAACUUCAAAUCGCAGUAAACACCCCACAGACGUCGAGUCAAGAUACGUCUGAAUUGGCCGCAACAGGUGCAGAGAUCCGAGAGGUAGACCUGCAGUCUGUGACUGGAGGUAUCGUCCACACCAAGCUGUGGGUGGUGGAUCAAAAGCAUAUCUACUUGGGCAGCGCCAAUAUGGACUGGCGCUCCUUAAGCCAGGUGAAGGAGGUGGGGAUUUCAGUGGAGGACUGCAGCUGCCUGGCUCAGGAUGCGCAUCGAAUCUUUGAGGUUUACUGGAACAUUGGCGCCGAGGAGAACGGUUCCCUGCCCCCAUACUGGCCCGCUCGCCUCUCGGCCCUGAGCAGCUCCCAGCGACCCCUGCACCUCAAAUUCAACGGAGUGCCUUCACGUGUCUACCUGUCUAGUGCCCCAUCCCUGAUAUCAACCCGUGGCCGCACAGAUGAUCUCUCCUCCAUCCUCUCCGUCAUCGCGGAUGCUCAGAAAUUCAUCCACAUCUCGGUUAUGGACUACCUUCCUCUGUCUCAGUUCACCAAGCCACUCAGGUUCUGGCCCGCCAUUGAUUCAGCCCUCCGUGCUGCUGCCUGUACCAGAGGGGUGGAGGUCAAACUUCUGGUCAGCUGUUGGCAGCACUCGCCACUCUCCAUGUUCGUCUUCCUGCAGUCGCUCCUCGUGCUCAACAGACCUCCGUUGGGAUGUGACAUCAAUGUAAAAGUGUUCACGGUGCAUUCGACAGGGGAGCAGAGGAAGAUCCCGUUCGCACGCGUCAACCAUGCAAAGUACAUGGUGACGGACAGAGUUGUCUACAUAGGAACAUCCAACUGGUCAGAGAAUUACUUCACCCAGACGGCAGGCGUGGGCUUGGUGGUGAACCAGACGGGUGCCGAAGCGGGUGAAGGCCAGGAGACUCUGCAGAGGCAGGUGGAGGCGCUCUUCCUGAGAGACUGGGCUUCACAGUAUGCCCGCACACUGUCCCCCGAUGAGGCCAACGUGUGUCCUCGUGACCGACACUGAGGCUUGUUCAUCCGUGCGGCGCCCCCUCACUUCACGAGAGUAUUUUCUUUCUGUCCUUCACUGCAACUUGACUCGACUUGAACUACCGACAAGCAGGGAGCAUGACGUGGCUUUUUAGUGUCGAUUAGGUUUAAUCUCCCCUCUCUGUGGCUCUGAUAUUGAUGGAUAUUUUGUUUCGAACAUGUUAAAAUAAAAUAUAUAAGCAGAACAAGUGGAAAUAAUAGUGAACAUGUUUUGCAAACUCUGUAACAACACACGUGAUAACUGGACCAUGUGGGGAAAGGGCGUAGGAUGAAGUAACGACCUUUUCUGCUCCUGCCCUCUUUUCUUAUACACAAGGCUCAGCGUUUACGGUUUUUACCGAUUUUCACCGAAAAAUACCCGGAUUGUUUAAAAGGAGCAGAUCGAUUUCAACCGAUUUUCACCCGGAUUUUAUGUUUCCACGGAUCCAAAAGUUGUUCCUGUUCAUGUGAGGUUAUGUAACAGUGUCCUCUUUUGGCGAAAUUCGGCAUGCUGGAUGGCUUUGAAAAAUAAAAACCGCUGAGCCUUGCUUAUACGUUAUCAUCUAGUCAAACCAAAACCAAACUUUCAAGACCAAACAAAAGUGAAAGAAAAGAAAGUUUUUUAGCAUGUCUCGUCGUUGUAUUUACUGUACAUUUGCUUUUUGUUUGCAUCCGCUUUGUUUUUUUUAAUCUAAUCUGAUGUAAGAGGGUUUUUUUUAUUAUUAUUUGCAUUUGAAUCGUAGCUUUUCUUAUCGUUUCAAAGGAAAUAUUUUGUAUAAUUUGACAAACGUUUUAUGCCCGGAGCAUUUUGUAUAUUGCCGUCAGAAUGUGCCAAACCUCAUACAGGAAAUAAAAUAUUUCCAGAG